GGUCAACUCCGUAAAACUAGGGCAAAUUUGGAAAUAUGGCGGACGGAGAGGGCGAGAGUAACCACUUUGUCAGCAUGUCCACAGAUGAGGAAGAAGAUGACAGACAGCCUGAAGAAGAAGUCCAAGAAAUGGUUCAGUUAGAUCCCACAGCUGUAGAUAUAGACUUGAAUCACAGCAGAAUAGGAAGAAUAGAGAACUUGGAAGUGCUUACUUGUGUAGAGAGCAUAUGUUUCAGAAAUAAUUUAAUCAAAGCCAUUGAGAAUGUGGCUUGCGUGGCACAAACGCUCAGAGAGCUGGACCUCUACGACAACCAGAUUACUAGAAUUGAAAAUUUAGAUGCUUUGGUGAACUUAGAAGUCCUUGACCUGUCCUUCAACAGAAUACGGAAAAUAGAAAACUUAGACAACCUUACAAAACUGAAGAAACUCUUCCUUGUACAGAACAAGAUAGGAAAAAUUGAAAACAUAUCUCAGCUAACAAGCCUUGAAAUGUUAGAACUUGGGGCAAAUAAGAUUAGGGUCAUAGAAAACAUAGGGUCCUUGGUGAAAUUAGACAGUUUGUAUAUUGGCAAGAAUAAAGUGACCAGAAUCUCUGGACUGGACACUUUAGAGAACCUUACAGUCCUUAGUAUGCAGAGCAACAGGAUAGUAAAAAUGGAAGGAAUGGAGAAACUUGUAAAUCUAGAUCAGCUUUACCUCAGCCACAAUGGGAUAGAAGAUAUAGAAGGUUUAGACAAAAAUACCAAACUGACCACGCUGGAUCUGGCUGGGAACAGGAUUAAGAGGCUACAGAACAUCAGUCAUCUUGUAAAACUUGAGGAGUUUUGGUUCAAUGACAACCACCUGGAAUCCUGGGAAGAUUUGAACCAGCUGACCCCUCUGAAGAACCUGCAGACGGUUUAUCUGGAGAGGAACCCCCUGUGGCGGAGUGCUGAGGACCCCAGAUCACCUGAUCCUAACUACCGCAGGAAGGUCAUGCUCACGUUGCCAUGGUUACAACAGAUAGAUGCGACCUUUGUGAGAUAAAAUUACUCUGGGUUACAUGUUAAUUUUGAUAAACCAUGCACAAAUUUGAAAAAAAAAGGUUUGCUUCAUGUGUAGGUAUGAUUUGGCUUGCCACAGGUGUGAAACUUUGAGAACUGUGACUGGUAAUUAUUCAUCUUUUUCAAACCAAACUGAUAUUUCCUGUAUUGAAAGCCGUGUUUGUUUGAGAUUUCUAAAAGUUAUGAUUUGUAAGUUCUGAAAGUUAAGGUGGGUUCGUUUUGAGUUACAAAGAAAUUGUCAAUCUUGAAAGUAUAUUAGCAAAAUUAUUGAAGAUGUCGCUGUGAUU